UCAUGCAUUCAUUCAAUUCAUGCGUCUACACCAAGCUACAUGUUAUGGACUGCGACCCUUGUCUAUGAAGAAACUGAAAUGCAGAAGAGGAGUAAUCGUUACAACUUGUUUUUGCAAAUUAAAAAAUAUCAAUAUCAACAUCUAACUUCCAACUUUCAACUAUAAACAAAUUUCGAACUUGAGGACUUGCUUGCUUAGCAGAUAAAUAAAGAUCCUAUAAUAGAUCCUUGAGGCAUUGUUUUCGAAUCUCCACUCUUUUUUAUGUUUUCUCUGGCUCUGGCAGAAAAAAGAUGGAGACGAUGAGCUGGUAUACAAUAAUUCCCAAGAUUACCGGUCUUCAAAAUUCAUCAAGCAGCAGUAGCUUCCAAAAUUCAUCAUCAGCUCCUUGUAUUUCUUGUGCUUUGACUUUUUCAUUUCGUUGUAGUCGUCAGGGCUUCUCUCCCUUGGCCAUUGCAGCUUAUUCAAACUGGUCUUUCCCUCUCAUAUAUACAAUAAUUUUACUUUCCAAUUCUAAUUCAUCUUCUUUUUUCUUAUUUUUUUAUUUAUUUUACUUCUCAUUUUCUAUAUAAAAUCUUUCCAUAUAUAUAUAUUUCAAUCAUCUCGCUUAACAAAUUUCCAGGGCCAAAAUAUCGUCCGAUUCGUUACCUCCUCUCCAAGAAAACAGAGUUGUUGUGUGUUCUCUCUCUCUCUCUCUCUCUCUCUAUAUAUAUAUAUAUAUAUAUAUAUGAUUGAGUAGUGGGAACUAAUAUGUGUAUGUUAUGAGCAUGUGGGUUUUGGUAGUGUUUCAGUGGAUUUCUUGGCGACAGUGGCUGCUUAUCCGAAGCCUGACGACAAGAUUAGAAGCACCAGUUCCAAGGCACUCUCCUGGAAUAUCUGCUUCCUUUCUGUGGAGAACAAAAAGAGUCAACUAUCCCCCCAGGUUGACUUAGAAGGUUGAAGGAGGUGGAAAUGCGGGUUGCUGAUGAUUCACAAGGCAAAAGUACACUGGACGAGCUCCAAGCUGACGGGGUAGAUACUUCGUUUAUCGUGGUUUCCAAGGGUGGUAUAUCACCAUUUACCUAUAUCAUUGUUGAUGAAAAAACAAAAACUCGUACUGGUAUUCUCACCCCUGGAUAUCCUCCCAUGAUACCUGAUGACCUUUCCAGAACAAGUUUAUUAUCUGCUCUCGAUGGAGCCAGAAUUGUCUAUUUUGAUUUACGGUUUCAACAAACUGCCUUAGCUGUUGCACAGGAGGCUGCUCGCAGAAAUAUACCUAUUUUAAUUGAUGCUGAAAAGGAAAGCGAAAGGUUGGAUGAUCUUCUGAAAUUGGCUGAUUAUGUCGUGUGCUCGGCAAAAUUUCCACAGAAGAUCCUCAGAUAGAAGAAGCUAAUGUAGACAGCUUAUUAGAGUUGUUAAAGCAGAGAAAGGAUGAUAACAUGACCAUCCCAACAUUUGUCUCUUCGCAAGUAGCAAAACUAGGAGCGAACAAGUUGGGGACGGUGAAUGGGAGGUUGAUUGUUGGAACAGCAGAGAAGAUACCACCUUCAGAACUCCUUGACACAACUGGUUCUUUAUGCUAUUUGCACCAACAUGCCAGCUGAGAAAAUGUUGCCGUUUGCUGCUCAAGUGGUUGCUGGUUGCUGUAGAGGUUUGGGAGCUCGAAGUGGACUUCCAUAUCGUACUGAUCCACGGCUGGCAUCAUUUUUAAGUUGAUGGUUUGGGAGAGGUGGUACCUCAUUUGGAACUCAAAUGGGAAACCAUGUGAAUUCAUGCAACAAUAUACACCUCUUUCAUCACACAUACCUUGUAGAGAAGGGAAAUUGACAUAGUAGCCGCGCUCAUAUUUUGAUCAACAUUUUGAUGUGAAAAUGUGAACUUAUGGUGUCAUUAGUAGAGAAAAGAAGUCACAAAAUCGUAUCUUUUCUCUAACCAUGUAUUUAAAAACUUUUCCUUUUUACUCACCCGCAUAGCACGGAUCCAUGUUUGGUAUCAUCUUUUAGUUGAUUUUGUAGAGACAAUACCUUAUUUGCUCUUUCAUUGCCCAAAUUUGUUAUGCAGGUUUUUGUAAAUGUUUUGUGGUCU